CAGGCCCCAUCCUCUCUAUCCUCUGCCUCUCCGGAGGUCGGGCCUCAGCCGGCGACUCCGGCGAAGGGACCUGGGGGUGGAUAGCAGCAUCCUCGGGCUCUGGCCUCCCCAUCUCGUCAAGUGAAGCCCGCUAGGCAAGUCCCCCCACCCCAGGCUCCCGACGCCGGAUCCUGGGGACGCCGCUUCUGCUGCUCUUGGCUCAAGUCUGUGUUCUGCCCGCAGGUUCGGCCGGUGAUUGCUUUCCAAGGGAACCGAGGGGUAAGCGCGGGUCUGGGGUGCGUGGAGGUGAAGAGCAGGGAGAACAGACAUGGGCUUCAGGAAGGGACCGUCAGGGCGAGAGGCUGAGAGCAGUCACGGUCUGAUGAAGUUUCGAGAACUGAACCCAAAAUGGGGGAAAUCGGGGCUGCUGGGGUUGGUCCCAAGAGGCUGCGGUUGAAGAGACUUCGGCGACUUAACCUCCUGAGGAACUCGGGCCCAGCUGCACCCUGUGUGCUAACGAGCCCCCUGGGACCCAUCUCUGGUCUUCGGCCGGCUCAGGGGGGAACAGCAUUGGUCGGGGAGGAGGAACUGACUUUCAUGGGGUUUACUGUCUCCUUUCACCCACAGUACCUGAGGCUCCCGGGGCCCCACUGGUCCUGCCUCUUUUCCUUCAUAGCAUCUCAGUGUGGCCAGGAGGGCCCUGGUGGUCCAGGCUUGGACCUUGUAUGCCAGCGCCUAGGCAGGUCUGGGCCUAACCGUCUCCACUGCCUGGGUCCACUCAGGGAGCGCCUCACGAUUUGGGCAGCUAUGGAUUCUAUCCCAGCUCCUUCUUCAGUUCAGAGACACAACCGGACUGGAGAUGCCAGGGAUCGUGAGAGCUGGAAGAGUGUGGGAGACUAUCCUGAAGGAGACACAAUUUCACAGUCACAGAUGGCACUAGAAGAGGUGCCAGAUCCACUGGUAAGCAGCCAAGGACAGUCACUCCCAGGAUCCUCGAGGGAACACAUGGCACAGUGGGAAGUGAGGAACCAGACCCUUCUUCCAAACAGAGAUCCUGAUCAGGCACUGCCUCCCUCUGUUAGCCAGAAACAUGUGGACAAGAAACGUCCAGCGCCUGCAGCUAUGGUAGAACUAAAACAAAAGAGGCUCAGAACUCUAGCUCCAAGUCCCCUACAAGGACUGCCCAGUCAGGACUUACAGGAGGAAGAUUGGGAGCAAGAAGAUAAAGAUGAAGAUGUGGGUCCCAGGCUGGAGCACAGUCCCUCAGGUCAAGCAGAUUCUGAAUCCCCAAACCCUGAAGAAGUACCAGAUUACCUCCUGCAAUACAGGGCCAUCCACAGCGCAGAACAGCAACAUGCCUACGAGCAGGACUUUGAGACAGAUUAUGCCGAAUACCGCAUCCUGCAUGCUCGUGUUGGGGCUGCAAGCCAAAGGUUCAUAGAGCUGGCAGCUGAGAUGAACAGUGUUCAGCGAGGAACUCCAGAACACAAGGUGCUGGAAGAAAAGAUAGUCCAGGAAUAUAAAAAGUUCAGAAAGCGGUACCCAGGUUACAGGGAAGAGAAGCGCCGCUGUGAGUACUUGCAUCAGAAACUGUCCCACAUCAAAGGUCUCAUCUUGGAGUUUGAGGAAAAGAACAGGGGAAGCUGAAGCGGACACGUGGCUCUUUACCCUAGUGUGAUAUGGAAGAAAACAGCAGCUAUUGACUAAGAGGACAGUUGUCUGCUCUUCGUAUUGUUGAGUCCAUAAUGGCAAGUAGGAGAGCUGCUCUAGGUUCUUGAGGUUUGGUUUUCAUUAUUACCAUAUUUAAACUUUUAGGGCAUGGGCACAGUGCCAACACUCCACAGCUGUGCCCAGGAGUUAUCUAGUAACUGAAAACUAGGAAAAGUAGCAGAGACUUGGCUUUUCCACCUUUAGUUCAGCCAAGUCAUUUUCAAAUCCUGAGAAGUGACACCAUUUCCAAGACAAGAUACCUUGAGAACAUUAGAAUUUACCUGGUAGCCUCCCUGAAAAAAUCUUUGGUAACAAAGCUAAAGCAACUACUAAUACAACAGGAUAUAAUGGGAAAGGGCUUGGGUAUUACCCAUGUACUAGAAAUGAAUUCUUUUACAAACAUGGCU